AUGGCGGACCAGAAUCCGAUCCCAGUUCCCGGCACAGCGCAACACUAUCCUCCGCCGGAUGCGCCUGCUGUGUUGGAGUCCAAUGUGUAUUCUGACGCAGAGCCGUCCCGCAACCCUCAUCUCCGCCGCGUACGAUGCGCAGCAACGGAAGUGUCUUCUUCGAGGCGCGGCCCCAACACACCUGGCGCCGCGGUUCCGCCGUGCCUCUUUCUGAAGAGCCCAUCAAUCAGUCACAACGCGCCCUGGCGGCGUCCGUUACGAGACGACGAGAGUAUAGCGACCAGUACUGGGACCAGCCCGCCCGCCGGUCGUUCGCGCCGCCGCAACGAUGAGGAGAUGGGUGGCUUCGCACCGAGAUAUGUCGCCACCAACGACAGCGCGCGGCGCAUCGACUGGAGCAGCCUGACGCGGGACGAGCGCGCCGAGGUGAUGCGUCUGCCCUGGACGCAGUGGAUGAACAGCGAGGUCAAGAACCACUUUGUGGCCUCGAUGGGCGAGUUUGUCGGGACGACCAUGUUCCUCUUCUUCGCCUUCGCCGGUACCGAGGUGGCCAAUAUUCAGUCCAACGUCACCGACUCGGGCGGCAGCGACAGCAACACGACGACGGGCGAGACGACGGGCUUUGACGUCGGCGUGCUCAUGUACAUUUCGGUGGCGUUCGGCUUCUCCCUCAUGGUCAACAUGCUGGGUGGCCUCAUCUCGUCCGUCAUGGUCCGCUACCUGUUUCCCGAGAACUUCAACGUCCGGACGACGCUCGGCGGCGGCGCCUCGCUCGUGCAGGGCGUCUUCAUCGAGGCCAUCCUCACGGCCGAGCUCGUCUUCACCAUCUUCAUGCUCGCCAAGGAGAAGCACCGCGCCACCUUUAUCGCACCCGUCGGCAUCGGCCUGGCGCUGUUCAUCGCCGAGCUCGUGGGCGUGCAGUUUACGGGCGGCUCGCUCAACCCGGCGCGCAGCUUUGGGCCCUGCGUCGUCACGGCGACGUUUGACAAGGAGCACUGGAUUUACUGGGUGGGACCGCUGAUUGGAUCUCUGAUCGCCGUCGUGUUCUACAAGUUUAUCAAGAUGCUCGAGUACGAAAUGGUCAGCCCCGGCGCCGACGGCGACCCGACCAAUGACCCGACCAAGAACCCCGAGAAGCGCGCCGAGGUGGCCUUUUCGCGCAGCCUGACGAAUGCGGCCAAGGUGUGA